AUGCCUUCAUCGAUCCUCCGGAUUGGUUGCGGGACUGGUGGCGUUGGCUGCUGCAGGCUGAGCCACGUACGAUCCUCAUUCUGUUCCACAUAUUCCUAUUCUUGCUGGGGAGCUGUGCCCAUCUUCUGCGCCAACGCGACGAGAUGCUCCAUAGGGCUAGAAUCCGAUUCAAAGCCGAAUAAGAAAUCCUACUGUCAUACAGAGCAGAAGAUGCCGGUCGCCAACGUGAACAAGUUGAUUUUACGCCAU